GAUUGCAUGCGUUGGGCAAAAGAGGAUCAGAUCCUCUUUGCGUUGGGCUUCUUCUGCGCAAAAGGGGAAUUGUCAUUACCCCUACAUAGGUAUGGGUACCCCGCAGCCCGUAUAACCGUAUAACCCGUGGUAUGUACUCUCGCCGGCCUGACUUUAUAAUGUAAAUCCGAGUCGGUUCGGGUACAGUUUGCGUUCGCUUUCUCAAGCGAACGGUUGUUAGCUGUAUGGUUGGUGUUGGUCACAUGCCAAUAAGUAUCGUAAUUGUGUGUUUGUUCGGUCGGAUGACCUGCGACUAGUUGUAACCGUUAUUCGAAUUCAAAAAGUGUUCGUCUCUGUGUACUUAAUUAAUUACUCGAAAGAUCUGCCGGAAAGCCAGGAUAAGUGAAUUCGCGGAACAUAAUUGACCAAAAAAUUUAUGUAGUAAAUGUAUCAUUAUUGAGGAUCAAACUAUGGAUCAAUUUUGUGGUUCCCCGUUCUGGGAUGAUAAUUUAGCAUGGAACACGGAAGAUCCAGAUAUCCCAAAAUGUUUUCAAAAGACUAUGUUGAUAUGGUUACCAUGUGCAUUUUUAUGGUUCUUCUCACCGAUAGAAGUUUAUUACCUUAUAAGUAGCAAGAAGAAAAAUAUUCCAUACACGUGGUUAUAUAUUUCUAAACAAAUACUUUUGGCAUUAUUGAUUAUACUUAGUAUUGUUGAUGUAGGCAAUGCAAUACAUAGAGGUUCUUCUGAAAUCGUUUUUAGUGUUGAUUAUUAUACACCAUGUGUAAAGAUAGUUUCCUUUAUUCUUGCAUUUCUUUUAGUAAUAUGUAAUAAGAAGCGUGGAAUGCGCACUUCUGGACUAUUAUUUUUGUUUUGGUUUCUUGUUGUAAUAUGUGGAGUCGUUCAAUACAGAACCAUAUUAAGGCUGUACAUUGAGGAGAGAAAAGUCACUUAUUCGUUUGUAUCAUAUAUGAUAUAUUACCCAGUAGUUGUAAUUUUAUUCUUGUUGAAUUUUCUGGUUGACGCAGAACCUGAGGGUAUUGAAUAUCCAAAGGAAGGAAUAUCAUGUCCAGAGCAGGCCUCUUCCUUUCCAUCAAAAAUAUUUUUCACAUGGUUCGAUCCAAUGGCAUGGAAAGGUUUUCGAAAACCUUUGGAAGCUACAGACUUGUGGUCUAUGAAUGCGGAAGAUUCGGCUAGAGAAGUAGUUCCAAAAUUUGAUAAAUACUGGAACAAGAAUGUGCAAAAAAACAACAAUGUACACAACACUAAGGCAUCUUUUAGAAAGUCUUCUGGUCAAGUAGAUUUUAAUAAUGGACGGAAAAAGAAGGUGUCGUCGAUUUUGUCACCUCUUUGUAAAGCUUUUGGUGCUUCCUUCUUAUUUGGUGCCAUACUUAAAGCUGUACAAGAUGUUAUGACCUUUGUUAGUCCACAAAUAUUAAAACUACUCAUUCGUUUUAUUGAGGAACGCGAGUCAAUGUGGAAAGGCUAUUUGUUAGCAGUUUUACUCCUAGUUACAGCCACAUUUCAAACAUUAAUUUUAUCUCAGUACUUUCACCGCAUGUUCUUAGUUGGAUUACGUAUACGUACUGCAUUAACAGCCGCAAUUUAUCGGAAGGCAUUGAGAAUGUCCAACACCGCUCGAAAAGAAUCAACACUUGGUGAAAUAGUAAACUUAAUGUCCGUGGAUGCACAGAGAUUCAUGGAUUUAACAGCAUACAUAAAUAUGAUUUGGUCUGCGCCUCUACAAAUCGUUUUAGCCUUAUACUUUUUGUGGGAACUACUGGGGCCGGCAGUGCUCGCUGGUUUAGCUGUUCUACUUAUUCUUAUUCCAAUAAAUUUAUUGAUCACGAAUAGAGUAAAAACAUUACAAAUUAGGCAAAUGAAAAGCAAAGAUGAAAGAGUUAAAUUAAUGAAUGAAGUUCUCAAUGGCAUCAAAGUGUUGAAAUUGUAUGCCUGGGAACCUUCAUUUGAAGAGCAAAUACUGAAGAUACGUACAAAAGAAAUUCAAGUAUUGAAAGAAGCAGCAUACCUCAAUUCUGGAACAAGUUUUAUCUGGUCGUUUGCUCCUUUCUUGGUAUCUUUAGUAUCCUUUGCAACAUAUGUACUUAUAGAUGAAAAGAACCGCUUAGAUAGUACUGUUGCAUUCGUUUCUCUUAGCCUUUUUAACAUUUUAAGAUUUCCUCUGUCUAUAUUACCCAUGAUGAUUGGUAACAUGGUUCAGGCUUGGGUUUCUGUUAAACGUAUUAACAAAUUCAUGAACACAGAAGAAUUGGAUCCUAACAAUGUUCAACAUGAUCCAUCUGAAUCUCACGCGCUAUUAGUUGAAAACGGUACUUUCACGUGGGAAGCAGAUAAUAUUGAGAAACCAACGUUAAGAAAUAUCAAUUUACAAGUAGAACAAGGGCAGUUGGUAGCUGUUGUCGGUACAGUGGGAUCUGGUAAAAGUUCUCUGAUAUCAGCACUUUUGGGAGAGAUGGACAAAAUCAGUGGCAGAGUUAACACGAAGGGAUCCAUUGCUUAUGUAUCUCAGCAAGCAUGGAUACAAAAUGCAUCGUUGCAAGACAAUGUACUGUUUGGCAAACCACAACAUAAAAAUUCGUAUAAUCGUGUGAUUGAAGCGUGCGCAUUGAAUCCAGAUUUAAAGAUAUUGCCUGCAGGCGAUCAGACUGAAAUCGGAGAGAAGGGUAUUAAUUUAUCGGGUGGACAGAAGCAAAGAGUGGCCUUAGCAAGAGCAGUGUACAAUGAUUCGGACGUGUACUUCUUAGAUGAUCCUUUGAGCGCAGUAGAUUCACACGUUGGAAAACACAUCUUUGAAAAUGUGAUUGGCAACACUGGUUUACUCAAGAAGAAAACAAGAAUACUUGUCACACAUGGCAUCACCUUCUUACCAGAAGUCGAUAAUAUAAUUGUUCUGAAAGAUGGUGAGAUAACCGAAGUUGGAAAUUACAAACAGCUUCUGGAGAAAAAGGGAGCUUUUUCUGAAUUUUUAAUCCAUCACCUGCAAGAAGUUGGAAAUCUGCAUGCUGAUGAUGGGUCAGAAGAAGAUUUAAAUGAAAUUAAACAACAACUGGAAACAACGAUAGGCUCCAACGAGUUGCAACAGAAAUUGACAAGAGCCAGAUCAAGAACAUCAGAGAGUCAAAGUGAAUCUGGUUCUAUCGCUGAGAAAAGAUCUUUACGUGGCUCAUUAAAGAAACAACAUUCUACAGAUAGUCAACAAUCAGAUAGCUAUAUACGCAGUAACAGCAUGAUGGAUAAACCAGCACAACCAAUAGACAAGUUAGUUGAAGUGGAAAAGACUGAAACUGGAAGCGUCAAAUGGCAAGUGUAUUCGCACUAUUUCAAAUCGAUUGGAUGGUUCUUGUCGAUAGCGACCAUUGUAAUGAAUGCAAUUUUCCAAGGAUUCAGUAUUGGUUCGAAUUCUUGGUUGAGUGUGUGGUCCAAUGAUAAUUUAACAGACUACAAUAACACAUUCGAUAAAGCAAAACAAGAUAUGUACCUUGGAGUAUAUGGUGGACUCGGACUUGGUCAGGCGAUGGCGAGUUUUUUCUGCGAUUUGGCACCGCAGCUGGGCUGCUGGCUGGCUGCUCGCCAGAUGCAUAUAGUGAUGCUGCGUGCUGUGAUGCGUUCUCCAUUGACCUUCUUUGAUACGACACCUACUGGUCGCAUUAUCUCCAGGUUUGCUAAAGACGUCGACAUACUGGACACAUCUCUUCCUCAGCAAAUUUCUGAUAGCAUCUAUUGCUUGUUCGAGGUCAUAGCAACUUUAGUGGUAAUAAGUUUCAGUACGCCAAUAUUUGUGGCAGUAAUAAUACCAAUAGGUGUAAUCUAUUACUUUGUUCAACGAUUGUAUGUUGCUAGUUCAAGGCAGUUGAAACGGCUGGAAUCUGUUUCAAGAUCUCCAAUAUACUCGCAUUUCAGUGAAUCUGUGUCUGGGGCACAGAUUAUCAGGGCAUUUGGUGUGCAAGACCGAUUUAUUCUCGAGUCUGAGAACAGGGUAGAUUUUAAUCAAAUUUGCUAUUAUCCUAGCAUAAUCGCAAACAGGUGGCUGGCAGUGCGUUUAGAAAUGGUUGGAAAUUUAAUUAUUUUCUUUUCUGCACUUUUUGCGGUGUUAUCAAGAGAUACUAUGGAGCCGGGUAUGGUUGGUCUAUCUGUUGGCUAUGCUUUACAAGUAACCCAAACGUUAAAUUGGUUGGUAAGAAUGACAUCCGACGUCGAAACGAACAUAGUAGCUGUAGAAAGAAUAAAGGAGUACACAGAAACACCUCAGGAAGCACCAUGGAAGAAUCCCAAUCACGUGCUGUCUAAUGACUGGCCUAUGCAAGGUCGCGUAGACUUCAAAGAUUACAAAGUUCGUUACAGGCAAGGCCUGGACCUUGUACUUCGUGGAUUGUCGUUUUCUGUUAAGGGAGGAGAAAAAGUUGGCAUUGUCGGUAGAACCGGUGCUGGCAAGUCGUCUCUGACGUUGGCUUUGUUCAGGAUAAUAGAAGCGGCCGAAGGACAAAUUACCAUCGACGGCAUCGACAUCUCUAAACUAGGUCUUCACGAUUUAAGAUCUAGACUGACUAUCAUACCACAAGAUCCUAUAUUGUUCUCUGGAACCUUAAGAAUGAAUCUAGAUCCAUUCAAUAAUCACACGGACGAAGAAGUUUGGACGGCGUUGGAACAUGCGCAUCUGAAAUCUUUUGUUCAAAACUUGACUAGUGGUCUUCUACAUGAAGUAACCGAAGGCGGUGAUAAUUUAAGUAUAGGUCAGCGACAAUUAAUAUGCUUGGCGAGGGCUUUACUUCGAAAAACAAAAGUACUUAUUCUUGAUGAAGCAACCGCAUCGGUUGAUCUUGAAACCGAUGAUUUAAUACAGUCGACAAUUAGACGAGAAUUUAGUGAGUGCACGGUUCUCACAAUAGCCCACAGGUUUAAUACUAUUCUUGAUUCAGACAGGGUCAUCGUCCUUGAUAAUGGACGCAUUAUGGAAUUUGAUUCGCCGGAUGUGUUACUACGUAAUUCGUCAAGCUUGUUCUAUGGUAUAGCUAAAGAUGCAGGCCUUGUGAUUUAAAUGAAAUUCGAAUAUUAUGCGAGUAAUACGAUAAAUUGAGAGAGUCUUUAAUCUAUGAUAAAACAUUUAAGAAAAAAGAAUAUAGCGAUUCGUUUGCAUAGGGUAAAAGAAAUACGAGAUAUUCUUAGACUCGACACGAUCAGAAAUUUUUGUAGAAGAACUUUUUCAGUAAGAUCUUAUGACAUAUAUAAAACGUGUCGAAGUACUUACUUACAAAGUAGUAUGAACAUCUGUUACUUAAAGUACUGCCAUUUUAGUAGCACAUUCUGUGCUAUGUAGUAUAAGUUUAUAAAUCUAUGUACAGUGAUUUAAAGAAAUCGUUUUAGUAGUUUUAAAAAGAAAGCUGCCUUCAGGCUUACACUUGCAUGUGAAACCUGUGCGACGUACAAAAUAGAACAGUAUUUUUUUAAUUACUCUUAACUUACACUCUACUUACUUUAUUUGUACCGUCUUAGCAUUUUAUCUCACAUCUCGGAAGAAAGUAGUUACACACGUCUUAGCUUCAUUUGCACAAGUUAUUGAAUUAAAGUUGUUAGCUAUGAGAGAUUUCGUUAAUCAAUAUAAAAUACUGAAAUAUAUUUGUGAAACUUUGCACUUCUAAUGAUGAAGACAAUGCUAGAGUUUACGAAUAUGUUCUUAAAAAGUGUACAUGAUGCAAAGAUAUUCUUUUGAUAAUUUGUUUCUCUCAUCGAGUACUUUCACUGAUAUUAUAAUUCUUUAAAUACUAUAUUACUAGAUAAUAUAAUGUAAAUGAAUUAUAUAUACACAUAUAUAUAUAUAUAUAUAUACACACACAUAUAAGAAGCCAUCGAAAUUGUGUUACAAUUGGCCAAAUGUUGAUUUUACAUGCAACAUAUUUCUGUAUAUAGAAUUACUAUUUGACCGCUUGCAUCAUAAUUUCGAAGAUAUCCUCUAUACAUAGUACUUAAUUCCUGUAGUGCCAUGCAACCUGUAGAACAUCACAGAAAAUGAUAUUAAUGCACAAUUGAAGUACUUACUUUUCUUAUGAUCUUUCACAAUUCAAAUAAAAACUGUUCACGGGGUGCUAUUAUGCAGUAAGAUUAGUAUUUUUAAUCUUUCGAUGAUCAAUGUUUUAUCACACUUAUAUGUAUUUAGAAUGUGAUUACUUUUUAAUAACUACUUACCUUAUAUAUUAUACAAUGACACAAAUACAGCUGGUAUGGCGCUAAACAGGAUACUAUAUGAAUAAUUGCAAAUAAACAGAAAACAUCUAGGUUUCAUCUUGAGAUAAUUGUAUUUUUUGAGUAUGGUAAGGAGAUGAUGUAUAUAAAAAUUUGUACCUUAAA